AUGCAUCUAAAUCCGUACACUGUGAUGCUAACAGUUGGUGUUGCUUACGUACUGAUGGAAACAUCGACAGAUACGACAAAUGCUUCUUCUGCUCAUCGACGAGCUGGCGCAUCUCCGCCGAUGAAAAUCCCCGCCGCUGGUCUCUCCGAGUAUUGUUCAUGUUCUGGUUCUGGCUCUAGCUCUGGUUCUGUCUCUGGCCCUGGCGUUGCUGCUGCCGCUGCUGACGCUGCCCGUGUCGAGAAUACUGUUGCUACGCCUGUCGGUACCAAGGGUCUUGCAUUGUGUUGUACAGCAAAUGGAGUUCAUCUUCCGAAAAGUUGCCUAGGUCCGCUUACAGCAAGUAACAUACAGUAG